UCUUCUGCACCUAACCAAAUAACCCACCAUCCUACUCACCACCAUGCCUUACAACUGUUGCCUGCCCAGCAUCAGCUGCCGUACCAGCUGCGCUUCUAGGCCCUGCCUGCCUCCCAGCUGCCAUGGCUGCACCCUCCCUGGGGCCUGCAACAUCCCCGCCAAUAUAGGCACCUGUGGCUGGUUCUGCGAAGGCUCCUUCAAUGGCAACGAGAAGGAGACCAUGCAGUUCCUGAAUGACCGUCUGGCCAACUACCUGGAGAAGGUUCGGCAACUGGAGAGGGAGAAUGCCGAGCUGGAGAGUAGGAUCCGGGAGUGGUGCCAACAGCAGGUCCCCUACGUGUGUCCAGACUACCAGAACUACUUCAGGAUCAUUGAGGAGCUCCAGCAGAAGAUCUUGUGCACCAAGGCAGAGAAUGCCAGGUUGGUGGUACAAAUCGACAAUGCUAAGCUGGCUGCUGAUGACUUCAGGACCAAGUAUGAGACUGAGUUGUCCCUGCGCCAGCUGGUGGAGGCUGACAUCAACAGCCUGCGCAGGAUUCUGGAUAAUCUGACCCUGUGCAAGUCUGAUCUGGAGGCCAAAGUGGAGUCCCUGAAGGAGGAGCUGCUAUGUCUCAAGCAGAACCACGAGCAGGAAGUCAACACCUUGCGAUGCCAGAUUGGGGAGCGUCUCAAUGUGGAAGUGGAUGCUGCUCCAAAUGUGGACCUGAACAGGAUACUGAAUGAGACCCGGUGUCAGUAUGAGACUGUGGUGGAGAACAACCGUAGAGAUGUGGAGGAGUGGUUCACCACUCAGACAGAGGAACUGAACAAGCAGGUGGUUUCCAGCUCUGAACAACUGCAGAACUGCCAGGCUGAGAUCAUUGAGCUGAGACGCACUGUCAAUGCUCUGGAGAUUGAAUUGCAGGCCCAACACAACCUGAGAGAUUCUCUUGAAAAUACUCUGACAGAAACUGAAGCCCGUUAUAGCUCUCAGCUGUCUCAGGUACAGUGUAUGAUCACCAAUGUUGAAGACCAGCUGGCUGAGAUCAGAGGUGACCUGGAGAGGCAGAACCAAGAGUACCAGGUGCUUCUAGAUGUUAGAGCCCGACUAGAGUGUGAAAUCGCUACAUACCAGGGUCUGUUGGAGAGUGAGGACUGCAAACUUCCUUGCAACCCCUGUGCCACAACCAAUGCCUGUGGAAAGCCCAUUGGCCCCUGCCCCAUUAGUAAUCCUUGUGGCCCCUGUGGUCCCUGUGCCCCUCGCUCAAGAUGUGGCCCCUGCAAUUCUUUCAUAUGCUAAGGAUCCCAGGGUAUCAAGGAAAAGAGAGGAGGAAAGGACCAAGCACUGUCUGACUCUGCUCCAGUACUGUUUCAUCUGAAGACUUCAAAAAUAGAAACUGCUCCCAGGCUUUCCUAUCAGACAACAAUAUGAAAACUUCCCACCAGUCAAAAAAGAACAUUUUCAGGAAAAUAUGAAUUUGAUCUCUGUGACUCUUGUCUCUCACCCAUUAACUACUUUCACCUGCCUGCUCCUUCAGCCCAGCAUCUGCUUUUGGAGUGUCUUUUGAAUCGGGCAGGGCCCACUUAUUGUGAAUGAGAUGCUUCCUCAAGCAACACAAAACGGAUUGGUUCAGACAAAAUGAUGUAAUUAUCACAAUGAUAAAUGUUUAUGAUAUUUUAUAUUUUAAUAACUUAUUUUCUAAAAUAACUACAUUUAGUAGAGAUGAGCUGAUCAUACCAUAAAAAGAAUGAAUUUUUUGUCAUUUCUGAUAACUGUCUCUAGAGAUUCAGUAAAAGUCCUAGGUUAUCCUCCCAAUAAACUCAAUUAUUAUAGCACAAUAUAA